AUGAAUGAAGAGCCAGAGGGAUUAUUAAAGAAUUAUUUAAAUGGUGAGGAAUUAUUAGCAUCCAACAGUUUAAGAGCUCGAGUUUCAAAUGAAAUUGAACAGACUUCCAAGGUAAUACCAAAAACAGGACUGAGGCUCUUUGAGCCAAAUAGAUCAUGGCUCCAAAAUCGACAGAUAGAUGCAUGUUUAGAAGCACGACGAGAUUUAAUAAAUGUAGAAAGAGUGAAGAAAGUUUCUAAGUUAGCUGUCGGUGAAUGGCUGCCUCAGGAAAGACGUGUCAUAGUCACUAAGAGGUCUGGUAUUGACUGGAAUAAUUUUGGAUGUGAACUUCGAGGUACUUUGUAUUUAAAUCCCGAGGAAGCUUUAUUAAAAGUAGAACUGAAUUGCUUGGACUUAUUCUUCAACGGAGUAUCAUUAUCAGUCCAACAAGCCUAUGAAUUACUAAUAAACUCCCCAAACUCCGACUGCUCAUUGGAAGAAUACAGAGUCUACAGUCAAUUAGCCCGGUCGGGCUAUCGUUUGAAGAGGUUUUACUAUGAAAAAUCAGAUUAUGAAAAAGACGAGUCCUCCCAGCUCAAGAAAAAAGUAAUCAUUGAUCUAGAAGGUAGUCAGUGGAUGAGUGGUGCCCCACUUUCUCAAGACACUGCCGAUAAAAAUACUAAAAACGACGCUGAGUUUGUCAUAAACAGUAUUAUUGAUAAAAUCGAGGUUGAGGAGCAAAAUUUAGAAGACAAGUCUGCGGAAAAUAUUUUGAAUAAAAUAGAAAAUGAUAUUAAGAGCAAAGAUAAAAAUAAGAGAAGAUUAAAUAUUGUUUCUGUUGAAACUAUGGUUGAACCAGUUAAAUUAGUCGCUAAUAAAAAAGAAACUAAUCCAUCACUUGGUAUUCGCAUACAACGCAAUGUUAAGCUUCUUCCUAAAAGAACAGAUAAAAUAAUACCUUCUUAUUUAAAUAUUGAUUCUAAUUCCGGUCAAAUUACUUCUGAUAAAUUUAAUAUUAAUGAUUCUGAAAAAGUCGCAGCUGAAAAAAGAAAAUUUGAUGUAAUUAAUUCUUCAGUUCCUUCUACAUCAUCUUCGUCUUUAGAAUCAUUAAAAGAAGUAACGUUAAUACCAGUAAAAAAAAUAAAAAAUGAAAGAAUUGAAUUGUCCGAUGAUGAAAUUGAAGAAAUUCCAAUACCGAUGACUAGAAAAGAAAUGUUAAAUUGUCUUCCUAAUAUUAAAGACAAAAAUUGUAUUAAAGUAACAAUUGAUCCUAAGUACAUUCCUCAAGAUAUUAAAUUAAAUAAAAAUACAAUUGAGUAUGAUUCUUUAAAUUUAAAUGACAGUAAAAAUAAUUAUCAAAAUAAUCGACAAUUGGCUAACUAUUCAAAUUCUUUUGAAGUAAAUAAAAAUUGGCAAUAUAAUAAUUAUAAUACAAAUAAUUAUCAAAGAUCACACUAUCAAAACUUACCUAAUUAUAACAAUAUGAUGUACGGUAAUUCUAAUUAUAAUUAUCCGACUUCUAAUUACUCGAAUCAACAAAGUGUCUCAAAUAGAUGGUCGUCAUUGCAUGUUAAUUUUUUUAAAAAUAUUGCAAUGGCUACAUUUGCCUUGAGAACUUCAAUUACUCAAAGUUUAUCGAAUAUUUAUGCUUCUUCUUUUGAUCCGGGACAAUAUUUUACUGGAAGGCAAAAUUCACGGUAUUAUAAUCCGGGAAUUUAUCAUAAUAAUAGAAAUUAUAAGCCAAUUGAUAAUAAUACUAAUAGAAGUGAAAAUAAAAAUGAUUUAGUUAAUGUAGAAGAAGAUAGUAACUUUGAAAAUUAUUGUUCGUUUGAAAAAGCACCGGCUGAUUCGUGGAUGAAGUUGAAGAAAUUGUGGAAAGAUGCUAAGACAAUAACUAUUGAAGAUGAUAAUGAUCAUAUAGAUUGCAGUGAAGUUGAAGUUAUUAAUCACACUAUUCAGCCACUUGUUGGGCCUAAAUAUUCGUCGAGUUUGAAACAAAUUUAUGAUAGAUUGAAAAUUAUUAAGCCGGCUCAGGAUAAAUCAGUGAGGAAGAAAAGAGGCCUUUAUAAAAUAUCUUACAAGGUUUAUUCUAAUACGCAACUUUAUAGAAAAGCUAGUCCAGGUCAUGCUAUGCUUUAUCAGGAUGGAGAUGGAAUAGCUAUUGUUUUUGCACAUGUCAGCGGUGCUACUAUAUGUUUCAUGCAAGCUGGUGUCGUUUCAUUACCUAAUUUAGAGUGA